CUUUCUCUUUGUCUUUUGCACAGGUUUUAAACUUUUAUCUAAAUGUCAAGCCUAAAGAGACAAAGAUCUUGCCCUAUUUGUGAUUCUGAAGUGUUGCCAUAUACCAUAAACUUUGAUUGUCAAUUUAUUAUGUGUGAAAAUCUUAAAUGCGUAUACCCAUUCACUCAAAGUGAUAUAACCGAUCUUCUUAUUGAAGGUCCUGACACAUACAAAGGCUUCAGUUGUACAUAGUGAGCAAUCUGCUACGGAUCCUAGACAAGGUUUGAUUGCUACCAAGCCUAGUGAUUCACUCUUAAAGCAGAAAGAGCAACUGCAAUUAAAGGCUUUGCCUAUUGCUAAAGAAGCUACACAUACACGCGUACUUCAUGAUACUCAAAAUAUUCAAG